GAAAAUCUUAUUGCAUCUCCAAAACCUAACCAUGCAGGAAUCCGCCAUCAAAAUUCUGGAAUCGAAGGAUAGUGAUGCAGAGAUUCGAGAAAGCAGCAUUAGCAGGAUUGCGGUGGAGGGAUACGACACCUCUCUUCGUAGGGAAGAUGUCGAUGAUGCUUUGAGAGAACACUUCGCUUCAUGUGGAAACAUAAUACAUGUGUAUGUUCCCAUAGACGAGAAUAGUGGUACCCUCUGCAGAUAUGCCUUAAUUUAUGUUAAUGAAGAAGAUGAAGAAAAGGCGCUGAGGCUUAAUGGAAGUGACAUGGGAGGACGGAUUUUACAAAUUCAGUCUUACGCGUUUCACCAAAAUCACCUUAAUGAGGUCUUGGACCAGAUGAAAGAAGGCCGACUCUAUCGGCCACAACACACGAUCAUGGUUACGGGUUGUGACAAUUUCCUUCCUGUCAAUGUUAUCGAGAAGGAGCUAGAGAAAUAUUUCUCUGCAAUCGGCUCUUUUGUUUACCGAGACGAAACCGCUUCUGGUGCUAUCAUAACCCCAGCCAGAGUUUAUGUCCGUGGACAAGAGGGUGUAGAAAAGGCGCUGGAACGUAGUGGACGUUCUGUAGGAGGUUUGAAUUUUGCAGUUACUGUGGUUGAUCCACUUCCAAAAAUAACACCCACGAUUGGCUACAUGCACCCACAUAACUUUACUGUCGUGCCAAAGGAGCUGAUAGAAAAUCCAAAUAUAUAUUACGUCUUUGAGGAAAAUCAUAAGAAGAAGACUGAGACUACGGCGGGAAAUCAGCAGAAGAAAAAGAGCAAGACUACGGAGAGAAAUCAGAAGAAGAAGAAUAAGAAGAAGGAGAAGAAGAGCAAGACCAGGGAGGCAUACCAGAUGAAGAGAAGAGUGAGACUAGGGAGGGAAAUCAGAAGAUGAAGGGAGUAGAAAUCUCUUUCUGAGGGGAAGAAGACAUGCUUUUUAUGAUAUUAACUUGUGUCCCUUCUUUUCUUUUUUUUUAUAACUUCCAUCUUAUUAUUAAUACAAAUUCGAAGAUACAUAAUCUUUAUGUAAGUGAUUUGUUACAAAUUUUGGAAUAUAAUAGUAAGAUUGAAAAUAAAUAUUUGCCGGUAGAUAUGCU